ACAGAUCAGAGAAUCUCUGGAGAGAAGAACUUUGGUUCGGCGGACUUCUUUCUGCACAACAGACAUGGUGAGGAUGUUGUGUCCUGCUUGGCUCUUGGCUCUGGCUGUACUGUGUGCGGGCGGCUGUGAAGUUAGAGCUCAGUGUUGGGAAAACACUCGAUGCAGAGACCUCAACACUGAGGAGAGCAUCUUGAAAUGCAUACAGCUAUGCAAGUCUGAUCUGACAGAUGAAACCCCCGUCUACCCCGGAGAAAGCCAUUUGCAGCCUCCCGAGCUGGAGCAAAACGAGGUCCUCGCAGCGCUGUCCCCAGUUGCCCUCGCACCUGAGCAAAUGGACCCAGAGUCCAGCCCUCGGCACGAGCACAAGCGCUCUUACUCCAUGGAGCAUUUCCGCUGGGGGAAGCCUGUGGGUCGCAAGCGCCGGCCCAUCAAGGUGUACACGAAUGGCGUGGAGGAGGAAUCCGCUGAGACUCUCCCGGCUGAGAUGAGGCGCGAGCUGGCAACCAACGAGGUCGACUAUCCACAGGAGGAGAACGCUUUAAAUCAGCAGGAGAAAAAGGACGGCUCCUACAAAAUGAGCCAUUUCCGCUGGAGCGGCCCGCCUGCUAGCAAACGCUACGGAGGCUUCAUGAAGUCCUGGGACGAGCGCAGUCAGAAACCCCUUCUCACACUCUUCAAAAACGUCAUAAACAAAGAGCACCAGAGGAAGGACCAGUGAGGGGAUUUUAAUGGGACGGGUGGAGAGGAGUUAAUGAGAGGGUCUUAUCAUGCAUAGUCAAACAAAAGAGGGUGGGUGAUGUUACCAAUAGCACUUAAUUCUUGAUGCUUUAGAGUUUAUUCACAUUGUAUUCAACAAUAAAUCCUGAAUUCUGUACAUAGAAAUGCUGUGGUGAUUAAAUACUGGUUAAGAAGCUAAAGGAACAGCAAUUUUAGAUUAUUUAUUGAAAUGUAAUAUACUGUAAAUUUUGAAAAUGUGCCAUAAAAUGAUUGUUUCAAGCAGAAAAGAACAACAUGGUUCAUUUCUGAGAAACAAACACACACCAAAAUCAUUCAGCAGUAUGUGCAGUUGCCAAUAAAGCUAUAAACACAGGUCAGACUUUGAAUUCAUAAAAUUAGUCUUUAAUUGAUAUUCUUAUUCACACCACAUAUGUACAUCACUUAAUGAUUUCAUGUAGGCAAACAUUCACAGAACACAGUUCUGAAGUCAUAUCGGUUUGCAGUGAUAGUAUCUAAACACAGGUUGACUAAUUACGAUCUACAGUGUUGUAAUGAUCUCACCGAUUAAAAAUGUAAAUGAAAAAAAAAGGUAAAAGCACAGACAAAACACCCAGUGCAUGCAGCAGCUGACAAGUAAAGACUUAACUUUGAUAGUUGAUUUCAUACAUGCAAAAUCACCUCACAUGUAAGCAGUCUAGAACAUUCCAUCAGUUGAACAUCAUAGCCAUAUUGACAGAAGAUAAAACCCACUAGUUGUUUUUGUGCUGGUAAAUAAAUUCAAGGCAUUACCAAAAAUAUAA